CUUUUGAUGACUUGUAUGUUUCGGUAUUGAGUGCUGUGUCCACUGGUGUAUAUCAAAAGUUUUCUGUGAAAGAAUGCAACAUUUGAUUGUUCGUAAAUGAAAAAACUUUUAAAUAUAUUUAUCUGUAAAUAUAAGACAGCAAAAUAAAGUGACGUGGGAUAUUGUCAAAUAUUCAGUUUUAUCGUGUAUCUAUAAAUUUUUUCACUAUUGUAAACAAAAGAUAAUCGACGAAAAAGUGAGGAAAUGUCAGAUUAUUUCGAUGAAAUGGGUUGGACGCCAUUGAGGGAUGGGGAGGCGCCCAAUCAUUUGAUACAAAUGGCUCGAUUGUUUCGAGAUAUUGGAAUGUGGGAAUUGCUCGGGCAGCAUGACAAAUUACCACCACCAGCUUCGAAAGCUUCGUUGGAGGCUCUCGAAAAGAUCGAAAUUACAAGAGAAAAUGUGAAACAAUGUCCGAUUUGUCUCAAAGAUUUUGAGCCGGGAAAUACCGUCAAUGGGUUGCCAUGUAAACAUUCGUUUCAUCGUGAAUGUAUCGUUCCUUGGUUGGAAAAAACGAAUUCGUGUCCUCUGUGCCGACACGAGUUACCUACGGAUGAUGAAGAAUACGAGAUGUUUCGUAAAGAGAAACAAAGGGCAGUCGAGCGCGAAAAAGAUUUAGAAAUAUUACACAACUCAAUGUUUAUGUAGAAUCGUGUAAAUAAUUGCAUAUAAAAUUAUUUAGUUUUGGUUUUUUUCCGAAAUUUUUUGGGGAGUUACCGCGCGUGGUACGAAAAAUUUUGUUAAAAAAAUAUCUUCUAUUACCAUCUUCGCUUUGGACGAACAGGUUCAGCUACUUCGAGAUGGCGCUAUCGGCACGAAUGGGACGAAGGAGACACUUCCUUUACACACGGAAGAAUUUUUUCACUGUACAAAAUAAAAACGAAUAAAUAGGUGUCUAGCAGUA